AGUGUAUUUCAGAAAGAAGAGGAGAAGAUUUCUCUGUAUUUUUCAUCAUCUAAGAACAAGCAAGCAACCAUAUAAUGUUUUCAUCAUGUCCCUUCUGUAAUCAAACCAUUCCCUUACCAGAACUCGAAUGGCAUGCCAACAAUCAUUUCGUAGAGGAGGAGCUUUCAAGGGACAUGGAGUUAGCUAAACUCAUUGCCUUAGCCCCUGAAGAAAGCCCUUCUAGCCUCGCUAAUGUGAAAACCCACCUUUUGCAGGAUGAGCUUGCGAGGGACAUGGAGUUGGCCCAACUGAUGGCAUUAGCCCCUGAAGAUAGUUCUCCUAGAAUCACUGAUGAACAUAUGAAUGGAGAAAAACCAUUAUCUUCUGUUUCUGGAGAGACUCUGGAAGCUACUACCUCGACUUCUAGUGGCAACACAACUGAUCCUGGUGAAAGCUGUAUUGAAGAACAUGUGUCUUGCUUGGUAAAACUGCAGAUUAGAAGCACUUUUCACAAAGUUGAAGGUGGUCUCAUGGACUUGUUGAAGAAGUGUUUGGAACUGGAAAAUGGACGUUCCACCACUAUUUUAUCUGGGCAUGUUGAUCAUUUUCAGAGCAUUAAAUCAGAGGAUUCUGGCUGGGGUUGUGGAUGGCGUAAUAUUCAAAUGCUGAGCUCUCAUUUGAUAACACAAAGGCAGGAAGUAAGGAAAAUAAUUUUUGGCGGUUCAGGAUUUGUUCCGGAUAUCCCAUCACUUCAGAGAUGGCUUGAGAUUGCUUGGAAAAAAGGUUUUGAUGCAGUUGGCUCAAAUACAUUUAACCAAAAAAUUUAUGGCACAAGAAAAUGGAUUGGAACCACUGAAUGUGCUACCCUCUUCCGUUCUUUUGGGCUUCGGGCACGCAUAGUAGAUUUCGGUAGGAAGGAAAUUCCAAGGACAGAGUUUGUGCAAACCAAUGGUAGAGAUAAGAGGAAAGUAGAACUUGUUUAUGGACCAAUGGACAAGUUUCUACUUAACAGACACCAUGAUGGUCCAAAAGCAAGAAUCAUCAAGCAUGAGGACGGUAAAACUUCUAGUGUUCAGAAUGGGAGUGAGAAUGAAUUGGACGCUUCCCUCAUGGUAAUCAAUGAUAACGUGCCAGAUCAUGAUGAGCUUGGUACCCAUCUGAUGGGCAUGACUAAAGGUCAUCAAGUUCUUGUUGAUUGGGUAUGGAAAUAUUUUUCUGAGAAGUCCAACAAGAUGGGAAUUCCUCAACGUGUUAUUAUCAGUGAUAAAACCAGGCCAUUGUACUUCCAGCAUUUUGGCCAUUCAAGAACAGUUGUUGGGAUUCAAGUCCAAAGACAGCGUCCUGGGAUUCCAGAACGAUACUUCCUCAUAGUUUUAGAUCCUGGUCAUAGAACAGUGGAGUUAGAAAGUUCACUUAAGAAAAAUGUUGGCUGGCAAAGAUUUAUAAAAAGAGGGGUACACACACUGAAGAAGCCCCAGUACCAGCUAUGUUUUGUUGAUCCUGGGAUUGCACAAGUGGAGGAGAUGGAGCAGCUCAAGACCAUAGAUAGUAUAUAUUUUGAAUCUUAGAAGAUUAUUCUGUCAACACUGCGAAUUCUACAAUUCUCUGAGGUAUUU